GCUUCUGGGCCGAUCGAACACCCGUUCAUGAAGCAGCCAGGCGGGGAGAAAUCCUGCAGUUGCAGCAGCUGAUAGAGAGCGGAGCCUGCGUCAACGCGGUCACCUACGACUCUAUCACCCCCUUGCACGAGGCGAGCCUGCGAGGGCAAACGCAGUGUGUCAAGCUUCUUCUGGCUGCAGGGGCCCAGGUGGAUGCCAGAAAUAUUGAUGGCAGCACUCCGCUCUGCGACGCCUGUGCCUCGGGGAGCAUAGAGUGUGUGAAAGUGCUGCUAUCCCAUGGCGCCAAGGUGAACCCUCCCCUUUACACGGCAUCUCCUCUCCACGAAGCCUGCAUGAAUGGCAGCUCCGAGUGUGUGCAGCUCCUCAUCGACGUCGGUGCGAACUUGGAGGCUCACGACUGCCACUUUGGGACUCCCCUACACGUGGCCUGUGCCAGGGAGCAUCUGGAUUGUGCGAAGUUGCUGCUGAAGGCAGGGGCGAAUGUGAAUGCUGCUAAACUUCACGAGACGGCCCUCCACCAUGCAGCAAAAGUGAAAAACGUAGAUCUGGUGGAGAUGCUGAUUGAAUUUGGAGGAAACAUUUAUGCAAGGGACAACCGAGGAAAGAAGCCGUCGGAUUACACCUGGAGCAGCAGUCCCACAGCAAAGUGCUUUGAGUAUUAUGAAAAAACGCCUCUGAGUUUGUCACAACUCUGCAGAGUUACGGUGAGGAAAGCCGCCGGGCAGCGGGCACUGGAGAAGAUCGCCAAGCUAAACAUGCCUCCGCGGUUAAUCCAGUACCUGUCCUACAACUGACAGGGGCGAAGGUGGCCGGGAAGGACGAUACCUUU